UAUCCGGGGACAGGGGAGGAGGAUUUGAAGCGGAUUAGAUUAGUAGCUGCUCUGUUUUAGCUUGUAUCAGGCUACGGUCGGACUCUGGCUACGUCUUUUUCUGUCGUUUGUGUCCGAAAAACUUCACUCAGCUGCGUCCUAAAAACUACAAACAGGCGGGAAACGUAACAACGACGUUAGUUUCACCACCGCGAGCACACACGCAGUAACACGGUUACCUUGACAACGGUGAGAGAGCGUCACUGCCGUUGAGUCGAUAUACUCUGUAAUCCCGGAUCAAUAACACACAGUCAACCGAAGGUCCUCUGGUGCUGUCACCAUGGAGUCCUCCGGUGACGGUGGCGGUAAGUGGCUGGACGCCCACUACGACCCCGUGGCGAACCUGUUCACCUUCUCGUCCUGCGUGGCGCUGGCCGACCUGAGCGGAGACGGCGAGCGGCGCCUGGUGGCGGGCGACCUGGGCCCCCCCGGCGGCGCCGCCAUGAAGCUGAAGGUCUACCGCGGCACGGCGCUGAUGAGCGAGAGCGCCCUGCUGGACCUGCCCUCCGGGCUCGCCGCCUUCUUCAUGGACCUGCACGAGCCGCGCAUCCCGGCCGUGGCCGUGGCGUCCGGGCCCUGCGUCUACGUCUACAAGAACCUGAGGCCCUACUUCAAGUUCACGCUGCCGGGCCUCGAGGUCAACGCACUGGAGCAGGACGUGUGGCAGCAGGCCAGGGAGGGGCAGAUCGACCCUCUGACCCUGAAGGAGAUGUUGGAGAGCAUUAGGAAGAAGGCCGACGUGCCGCUGUCCGUGCGCUCGCUCCACUUCCUGUCUCUGGAGACCGAAGACAUGGACGACUUCCUGCAGCUGCACAAGCAGCAGCCAAUCAGACGCCAGACCGUCAUCACCUGCAUCGGGACCCUGAAGAAGAGCACGGCAGACGACGACGGGGUCAGCUGUCUGGUGAUCGGCACGGAGAGCUGCCACGUCUACGUGCUGGACCCAGAGGCCUUCCUGAUCCUCUCCAAGAUGUGCCCCCCCACCAUGAUGGAUGUGACGGGGCAGUUCGACGUGGAGUAUCGCAUCACCGUGGCGACCCGCAACGGCAACAUCUACGUCCUGCGCAGGGAGUCGGACAAACCGAAGUACUGCAUCGAGCUGUCGUCUCACCCCGUGGGUCUGGUGAGAGUCGGCAAGAACGUGGUGGUCGGCUGCAGCGACGAGAGCCUUCAGAGCUUCACGCAGAAGGGGAAGAAGCUGUGGAAGGCCGUCCUGCCGGCUCCCAUCACCACCAUGGCGUCCAUGGACCUGCCGACGCGCGGCUUCCAGGCGGUCCUGCUGGGCCUCGCCAACUGCGAGGUCCAGCUGUACCGCGACAAGAACCUGCUGAGCACCAUCAAGACGCCCGACGUGGUCACCAGCAUCUGCUUCGGGCGCUACGGGCGCGAGGACGGCACGCUCGUCAUGACCACGAGGAAAGGCGGCCUGAUGGUGAAGAUCCUGAAGAGGACCGCCACGUUCGAGGACCGGGACAGCGCGCCGGGGCCGCCGCUGGCCCAGAGCGUGCGCCUCAACGUGCCCAAGAAGACCAAGCUGUACGUGGACCAGACGCUGAGGGAGCGCGAGAACGCCGUCGCCAUGCACGGCGCCUUCCAGAUGGACUUGAGCCGCUUGCGUCUCGCCGCCGCCAAAGCCUACGUGAAAGCGCUGGAGUCCAGCCUCGCGCCGAUGUCGGCCAGCCUCACCGAGCCGCUGAAGAUGAACGCCGUGGUGCAGGGCCUGGGCCCGUCCUUCAAGCUGACGCUGAACGUGCAGAACACGGCGGCGUGCCGGCCCGUGAUGAACCUGGCGGUCAGCUUCCUGUACGACGAGAGCCUGUACCGCAUGAGGAGCCCGUACAUGAGGAUCCCGCUGCUGGUGCCCGGACUCAUCUACCCCGUGGAGACCUUCGUGGAGUGCACCAGCGACAAGGGCGUCUCUGACAUCAUCAAGGUGUUCGUUCUGCACGAGGGGAAGAGCUCGCCGCUGCUGACCGCGCACAUCAACAUGCCCGUCAGCGAGGGGCUCACGCUCAACUGAUCGUGCUUCACAAACUGACAGAAAACUUACAGAAAACUUACAGAAAACU